ACAUUAGGUAAACUUGGUCGAUCUCGGAGGCCUGUUCGUCGGCAAUCUUCGAGAAAUCGAUAAUAGAUACAAGUUGCUUCAACGGUAUUCUCUAAAUCCUAUACCAAGAUGGCUUCGUCAUCUAACGUUAGUGGGAAUCUGGUGGACGAAUUGGAGGAGGCUUUUCAGUCGUGCAUUCAUGCACUGACGAAAGAGGAAUCGGCAACCGGCAUCGACAAGGAUGAAAUAAAAGUGGAAGUGGAUCAAACAACGCUCAAGUUCAUCGAUCUAGCUCGGCAGAUGGAGGCCUUUUUCCUACAAAAACGCUUCCUACUAUCAGCGCUCAAACCAGACCUGCUGCUGAAGGAAGAAAAUUUCGACCUAAAGCAGGAAAUCGGGCGUAAGGACGAGCUCAUUCGCAAGCACUAUGAGAAAAUUGAAACGUGGAAGCAGUUACUCUCGGAUCAGCAGAACUUUAACAAACCGAUUCAAUCGAUGCCUCCCGAUAUGCGUGGAAACUUGGCUGGGGGUGCACCGGGCGCACCGGCGGGUUUACUAACCAGUGGUGGAAUGAACAUGCCAAUGCAGGUUCCACAGAUGCAGAGCCAGCAUCAACAACAACAGAUGCAGCAAAUGCAGGUGCAGCAGCAACAAAUGCAACAGCAAAUGCAACAGUCCUUGCCCAUGGGUGUUGGCAAUCCGCAGCUAUUCCAGCAAGGUGGCAUCCCACGAAAUGUCGGGCAGGCUGUUGCCGGUUCCGGGUUCCAAGGAGCCGGGCCUAAUCUUCAAGGGCCGUUAGCGUACUUGGAGAAAACGGCCAGCAAUAUAGAUCUAGUGGGAAUGGGAGAUGGUCGAAGGUGACGCGGGCGGGGCAGGGGACGCGGUAGAGGUCGUGGUCGAGGAAGAGGUCGUGGCCGUGGCAACGUGGCAGAGUUUCACAGUGGCCCACUAACCUGAGGCUGGCACGCUCGGUGGAAACGUGUGCAACUGGCGUUUCCACCUGCCUCCAUGCGCUGCAUACCUUUUUCUCUUAUGUUGUUGUAUGGUUAAGGCCGACGGCAUAGCUAGACCGUUAGCGACAAAACUACUGUUAGCAAAGGAGUUGAAACAAAAAGAAAGUUUAAGUGCAGCAUACGCAGCAAACGAUGGUUCCUGAACAAUACUUACCUAAGCCUCCUUAGGUCCGACCCACACAUUUGAAAAACAUUAUUAAGCAUCUACAUCCUGCGCAGCGAUGAAAAGAAAUUUAAACAAACCAUCCCUUUUGGCACACUUUUGCAAUCUACAUGAACACACGCAUGCAACGUCUAUUUGUUAUCUCCACCGCUCCCCCGUCCCUCGAGAGUGUAAAGACGAUGUCAAAAGAACAUCGCGAGCCGUCCUCUGGCGCACCCGCAGUGCGUUGCGCUAUUGAGACGGAGUUUCUAUUUCUACCUUUUUAAAUGUAAAACAUGUAUAGCAAAUUGUCUACGAAACAACGAUAACAUAUUCAGUUGAAACGAUGCCUGAAGCAUAGAUCAUCGUAUGUAAAAUGUGUGCUCGCUUUCUCGUCAACCUUAUCCCAUUCGGGCGGAUUGUACACUUUGCCGUCAGCAUCAAAGGACAUCAUUUCUUCGGGAUGCCUUCGUUAACGUUUCCCCUUUUUCCAGGCAAGGCACUCUUUCAUUCCGGUCCGUCCGAUGGAAUUUUUUUUAAAUCAUCUAGAUUGUUAGGAAUGUGCUGCGAAUAAAAGCUAGAUCCAGAAUUUGACUGCUUCUAAAUUAAGUACGUGCGGUUGAAGAGAAAUACCAGAAUAAAAAAAUAUAUUCAAAAC